AGGCGUCGUCUCGGCUAAAAGUAGAUCCUUGUUUGGUCGCCACCAGCCGGCAACACACUCACACUCUCUCUCUCUCUCACACACACACACACACACACACACACACACACCAGGAUAAUUUACUCGUGUUUAUAGUUUUACACGAUGAUUAAAAACGGACACCACGUGACUCAGACGGCGGAGGGAGCGGAAGCGUCUCACCGAGCAGCGGAGAAAAGGAAGAGGAUAGUCCGGGUGUGGUGCGACGGCUGUUAUGACAUGGUACAUUAUGGUCACUCUAAUCAGUUGAGGCAGGCGAAGGCGAUGGGAGAUCACCUCGUGGUUGGAGUUCACACAGAUGGAGAGAUAGCGAAACACAAAGGACCGCCGGUCUUCACUCAGGAGGAGCGCUAUAAGAUGGUGCGAGCCAUAAAGUGGGUGGAUGAGAUUGUGGAAGGAGCUCCGUACGUCACCACGCUGGAGACACUCGACACGUACAACUGUGACUUCUGUGUGCACGGAGAUGACAUCACGUUAACAGUAGACGGAAAGGACACGUACGAGGAGGUGAAACAUGCGGAUCGCUACAGGGAAUGUAAACGCACUCAGGGUGUGUCCACGACAGACCUGGUGGGCCGCAUGCUGCUGAUGACUAAAUCUCAUCACGCCAACAUGGAUAACUCUGAAUACAAGCAGCAUGCAGAUAACUUCGGAAAGGGUCCUAAAGGCCACAGCCCCUGGACUGGCGUGUCUCAGUUCCUCCAGACGUCUCAGAAAAUCAUCCAGUUUGCAUCGGGGAAAGAGCCAGAGCCCGGAGACACCAUCAUUUACGUAGCCGGAGCCUUCGACCUCUUCCACAUUGGACAUCUGGACUUUUUAGAGACAGUGUAUAAACAGGCAGAAAGACCCUACAUCAUUGUCGGCCUGCACUUCGACCAGGAAGUGAACCGCUACAAAGGGAAGAACUACCCGAUUAUGAACAUCCAUGAGAGAACCCUGAGUGUGCUGGCUUGUAGGUACGUGUCAGAAGUGGUGAUCGGGGCGCCGUACGCCAUCGGGAAAGACCUCCUGGACCACUUUAAGGUCGAUGUGGUGUGUCACGGAAAGACGGAGGUUUUUCCAGAUAAGGAUGGAUCUGACCCCUACGCUGAGCCGAAGAAAAGAGGAAUAUUCCGGAUCCUGGACAGUAAGAACAACCUCACCACCGACGACAUCGUGCAGAGGAUCAUCGCUAACAGGCUGCAGUUUGAGGAGAGAAACCAGAAGAAGGAGGCGAAGGAGAUGGCUGUGUUCGAGGCUCUGAAGCACAAUGAUGAUGGAGAGAAAAGCCAAGCUGCUGAUCACUAAUAGGGAAUAACGACGAUAAAAAAAAAUCAAGACUCCUCCUAAGGGCUUAAAAACGUUUUCCUUUUUUUUUCCUUUUUCUUCCUUUUUCUCCUUUCUUUUUUCUUUGUCAUCUUCUGAGAGUACUAGUGGUGUCCAGUAGGGGGCGCUCUAGUUGGUUAGCUAGCAAAUGAAGGCAGAGCUCUAGAAGCACAACGCUUUAGUUACUGAUGAUGUUCACACUAGCAAGGCACAAGCUGCUCGUCUGGCUUGUGGGCGUGGCCUGCUAACAAUUCUUAAACAGCUAGCUAGUUAAACAAAAAUUCUGACCGUGUGUUCAGUGCGAAGUAUCUCGGUACAAGCUUCAUUUUUAGAUUCCUAGCAAAAAACUCUGCAGAGACCUCAACAAGCUGUGCUCCUUCCUUCAGGUCUUGAUACACCUUCAGGAACCCUGAGAGAAACGGUUUGAGAAGAUUUAAUCUGUCCCUUUACUGUAGCACAUUUCCGCAUUACUCUUCUUAUCAUUGAGGAGAUCUUCCUUCAGGUCUACGCUCCAUGAUGUAUGGUCGCUUCGUGGCUUGCUAGUGUGAACGUAAGGUUGUCAGAUCACCUGCUUCCCCAAACUGCCUUUAUAUACGGGUCAGAAUGGGUCGUGCAAAUAUUUAACAUGGAAAAAAAUUGCCGUUAGCAGCGUUUCCUCCGUGAAUGGGAGGAGAAUGGAUGAAGCUACCUGUUAACGGGUACACUCGUUUAAUCUCUUUAUCUGAGACAAAAAACUUUCACAUAUGUGUUUUUCCGAUUGUCCACAUUGGCAGGACACUGAACCCUCUGACUGUUCUCUAAUUGUACUUUCUGGUUGUUGGAAGUGAGUAAGCUACACUGUGUGUGUGUGUGUGUGUGUGUGUGUGUGUGUGUGUCAGCACUCAAAAACCAUCAAUCACUAAUGGAUUGUAACAGAAUGUUGGGUUCCCAACAGUCCCUAAAGUUUCCCACUGAGUUCUGGCAUCUUUCUAAUGGAAUCCAUUAAGCCAGUUCUCUUUACCUGAUGGAAACCAUUACAGAUUUUCAGAUUUAUGGACUGUACUUCUGGGUAACCAGAACUGAACUCUUUACAGCAUUACAGUGUCAGGGCUGUUUUUUGUUGUUGUUUUUUGGGGGGUUUUGGUUUGUUUGGUUUUUUUUUGGAGGGGGUCGGUAUUUCUGUGCUGCUGUCUCUCCUCACGUGGUUGCUUUUAAACAUCUUAACCUCUGACCUCGAAUUUUUAGCUGGAUCACAAGGUAACUGGGUAAUGAACAUUGAAUUCAAGCUGGAUGUCUGAGAUUUCUAAAUUUUUAUUAGGGAAAAGUUAUUUGGUUGCCAGUCAAACUCUCAACUCUCAAUUCUGCAGAGAUGUAAAGUUUUAAAAUCCAUGUUCACUUAAGACAAAAUUAUAAACCACAACCAGUGAUGAUGAUAAUUACAUUUAUCUCACUGUCUGAAACCACUUUGAGAACUAUGGACCUAAAGAAGUUCUUCAGUUCAUGUACAUGGAGGAACAUAAUAAUACCACUUUCAGGAAGAUCCCUAAUGGAACUGCUUUCUGAACUUUAGAAAUGUUCCUUAGCUGAAGAACCCUUUUUAGAGAACCCCUUCCCCAAAAACUCUGAUACCAUAUUAAUAAUAAAAUAUUUUUUAUAACUUUUAUAAUCAAAGGCUUAAUUUUUUGAGGCUCUAUUACUAAAUACUGACAAUUGUUAUAAAUUACAACAAUAAUCAUUAUAAUCUUUACAUUUUAUUUGCUUUUAUUUAAAAACUAUUUAAAAAAUGAAUUCAUGUACCAUUGUGUUCCAUGUCCCUGAAAAGUCCCGGCUUAAAUUUCUUCUCUACAGUUGUCCAUAAUGUAUAUAAAAAAAAGAAAUGUAAUAGAUACAACAGUAAUGACGUGACAAACUUUCACAGCUCCAUAGUGAUUUUUAGUUAGCGGGUUUGUCUGCUGGGACACACUAUAACUUUUCAGCACUGAGCAGUGUUGGUCCAGAUAGUUAGUUGAUGGAACCAAAGGUAAUCAACAUCCACCUCAAAAAAUCCAAAUCCAUGCUCAUUUCAUUCGCUCAUAAACACGGCAAUAAAAAAAACAUACCAAGAACA